AUGGACCGUAAGCUGUUAGCACUGCAAGUUGACCUCCACGAGCUCCAUGAUGAGGUGGAACGGAACAGUGGCCACAACGAAAACACGCUGGCCGAUUUACUCUGGGCCAUUCGUCGUCUAGAGCAGGACGUCGGAAGGAACUUCAGUGUGCUCCAGGAUCGUUCGUUGGUCAUUCUUGACCAACAAACAGCGUGUGCGAACCAUGAUCGGCUGCGAGAGAAGCUGUUGGGCUGCAACCCGAAGCGGAACCAAACAUCAUACAAACCUCUGGAACAGAUCUUGUUUUCCUUCGAAUCCCAUAACCCGGAUUGUAUCACGACUUCAUCGACAGCAUUCCAACUGGAUAGCACCACAUCAGCAACUAUAACAGAACCAACAACUCCUGCAACGGCACCAAUAACUGUUACAGAACCAAAAACUUCUACGACACCACCAACGACUACCACCACAACAACAACAACUAUUACUUCUACUACUACAGUUUCGCCUUCCUAUGAAUCUUGCAAAAACGUUCUAACUAAUGUGUCUGGUGUGUAUAUCAUCCGUGUUAGCAACAGUAGUGACCCGUUUAAAGCAUAUUGUGAACAGGAAAAGUUUGGCGGUGGUUGGAUCGUAGUACAACAUCGAUUCAAUGGUUCGAUUGAUUUUUAUCGGAAUUGGGAUGAAUACCGCGAUGGAUUUGGAAACCUGGACAGUGAGUUUUGGCUUGGGUUGGAAAAGAUGCAUCAGAUCACACGCUUGCGCGCUUAUGAAUUGAUAGUGGCGUUAAAAGACUUCAGCGGCAACUACGCGUAUGCACGUUAUAAUGCGUUCGAAAUAGGUAGCGAGGAUGAGCAAUAUAGACUCAAAACUCUGGGAUCAUAUAGUGGAACCGCCGGAGACUCAAUGACGGCGACCAACAAGCGAAUGAAGUUCUCAACCAAAGAUCGAGAAAAUGAUGUAACUGUUAGUGGUUGCGCUCGAAGCUUUCAAGGAGGAUGGUGGUACAACGGUUGUACAUAUGCGAAUUUGAACGGGCUGUACAUGAAUGUGGUUAAUUACAGGUCAAUGCAUUGGUAUUCUUUUAAAAAUGAUUAUCACGGCUUGAGCUUCUCCAGGAUGAUGAUUCGCGAAAUAUAA